AUGGAUGGACUGACGGACGGAACAGUUAUGCCGAAUUUAGCAUUAAGCAUUCAGAAUGGUGAAAGAGUGUAUGGAGUGUUUGAUAAUGAAGAAAUAAAUGUAAAUGAUAGUCAACCUGGGAAUGAUGACUUGGAAUUGGUGCUUGCAGAAAUGGAAGAAAGCAAUACAUUAGAACUAAACAGCGCGAUAGUCAACACUGAAAAUGACCUAUCCAUCACUAUCGAUGAGGUGAAUACUCUGUUAGCAAUCAAUGAAGCGUUUAAUGAAACUUUGCAGAAUUUAAUCCGACGUGUUACAUUAGCUAUAUCUAAGAAUCGCGAGGCACAAAAAUUGUUGAAAGCUAAGUUACGACAAACAGCAGAACGUGGAUUACGAAUUAACAUAAAGAAAGUGCCAGUUUCGCGGUUUUUAUUCCCAUAUUUUCGGGAUUCUCAUGAAAUGGAGCCACCAAAGAAUGAAGAAUAUGAAUUAAAAGUUUUUCGUCGAGAAUAUGAUCCUUUAGUAAAGGAAGAAAAAAAAUGGUCAGCAAAGGAAUGUCAACUACUGGCAAAUGCAGUGUGGAAAUCUUUAAUUGAAAUUCGUAUUCAGCCGUUUAUUCAAAGGAAAGAAAUGCUUAUGGAAAAAAUUCGGGCUGCUGGACAAGAGACGUCAGGUGAACAAAUAGCUGAUUGGAAAAGUACUAUUACUGAGCUGGAGCGUUUGAUUGCAUACCACAAGAAUCUACCGGAAAACGAGGUACUAAUGAGUGAUUAUUCUGAAGUUGAUUGGGCGAAGAUUGCGAAAGUUGAUUUUCUCGGGAAUCGAGCCCCAAAACAGCUAAGAUUAAAAUGGAUCAAUGAGCAAUGUCCACGAUGGUCGAAGGAACCUUGGUCUUCUGAGGAAAUACAACGUCUAAAGGAAUGUGCAGGACGAUGGAAUAAUUGGAAUGUAAUUGCGGAACGAUUAGGCACAAAUCGUACAGCAUUUCAGUGUUUUGUGAAAUUCAGAAGUGAAUUGGAUAUUGACAAUGUUGGCCGGUCGUGGACGAAGGAGGAAGAUGCCCAACUAAUGACUUUGGCGCAUUGCAUGCAAGUAAAUGGUAAAAUGAGUUGGGACAAAAUUGCUCAUUAUAUGGAGGAAAGAUCACGACAGCAAUGUACAAUUCGGUAUAGGCGAGCGCUUGAUACUGAUAUCAAAUUUGGUCGAUGGGAUGCUAGUGAAGAUGUGCUUUUAACAUGUUCCGUGAGCCGAUUUGGAACAAAAGACUGGAUAAAGGUAGCAUCGUGUGUUCCAGGAAGAAGCGAUUCGCAGUGUCGUGAUAGGUGGGUAAAUGUACUGGACAAAAGUAUUAAGGCUGAGCCAUGGUCAGUGGAUGAGGAUGAAAAAUUGCUUGAAGGAGUAAGAAUUUUCGGAAAAGGUGAAUGGUCGAGAAUUUCAACAAUACUUCCAGGUCGUUCCGCAUCACAUUGCAAGUCACGCUUCCGAUCACUUCUUUCAGCAAAAGUGAAGCUGGCUUCGGAGUGUCGCUCAUAUCCGUUCAGACGUUUUAGUUGGAAAGGCAAACAUCGUCGGCAAGAAGUUGAAGCAGCAUUCCGUAAGCUAUUAGCAGCUGAUGGUAAAGGAGGUCUUGCAGAACAAGUCAUGAAUUCAUUUGAUAUGCGAGCAUUAAGUGUCGAUGAAAUGGAGGCGUUAUCUGUGAUGGCACCUCAGCAAAGAAUAAUGGUAAUGCAAUUCUUGAAUGAAAUUCGUGAAAAACGUCUGGAGAAUGAUGUGAAGGAUGGUCAGUCGAUUUGGAAAUUGUUGAGCGAUAAGUUGCAAUUCAAUACCAGUUACUUGGAUAGUUCAACACAAAGUGCGCUACUGAAAUAUUACAAGAGAUUCCUCGGCGGAAGUAUAAGCGAGCUUUUAACACGUCAUGAAAAAAAUGAAUUUGAUAUAAAGUGCAGAGUGUUACAAGAAACUGAUCCGGAGGCUGCAAAAGAUCACGUCAUUAACGCAUUGUGUGAUUUAAUUGAACGAAAUGACAAUUCACAGUGUUAUAUGUAUCAAAAGAAAUUUACCAGAAGUCAAAUUCUUGAUGAAAUUGGUCGAUAUCUUAAUUCGGUCCUUAUUAAUGAUGUAAAUAAAGCUGUAUCUUGUGGCACUAAUGCUUUUGCUAUACCGCCUUGCAUUGGAUCACUACAUUUAUACGAAAAUAUUCAGAAGCAAAUGCACUUGUUACGAGAAUCCGCCGGAGAAUUCUUUGAACCGCUUGUUUCGGACCAGAACGAUAAUAUAUUUUUGCAACUUUCACGGCAGAUUGUUUUGGAUCCUGAAUAUGUUUUGCUUAAGGCAAAGUUACGAACAUUACUCUUUUGGCCAAUGCUUUUAUAUCGAUCAAUAGAGAGUAAAGAAUCGGUGGAAAGAAGAAUGUAUUUACGCUCAGUUGCUACUACGAAAUUAGCAGAACAACAAAAGCAAGCUUUGGAAAGUUUUAAAAUACGGCUUCAAAGUCAGGUACAUCCUGAUAAAGAUUUUCUAACAUCGGAACAAAUAGCGACUUCGGAAACUGAUUUUGAUGAUGACUGUGCUGCAGAAUUGAGUGUUGGCGAAUUCCUGAAGAAACGAAUGUAUAAACGGCCGCGAAGAUACAUUACUGAUAAAAAAGUAGGACAAGAAGAUACCCACGAGACAGGCGUUGUUGAAUCAGAUGCAGCGGAAGCCGCAGAAGCUAUGAGCCAUCGUAUCGACGAGUGUAUCAAAUCAGUUUGCACUGCUGUUCAGAAAAUAUAUGAGCGUGAUUUUAUGAUUCCUGUAGCUUAUAAAUUGGCCGCGGAACAGUCGCAUGAAAAAGGUCCUAAUACUAAUAUCACGGAAGAUGCGGUGAAGGAUGCAUUAGAGGCUGUUAUCGAUGAAAUUGUUAGCGGUGCAAUCAGUGAAACUAUCAGCUUGUUACCAAAGAUGAACGCUGUAGAUGAUAACUCUGAAUGGAGUGAUACCGUUCCAGAAAUUCAACAGUGUGUAAAAAAAACUGGUCCCAGAAAGCGAAGUGCAGCCGAAGAGGCUUCAAGUACUAGCGGACAAGCUGGCAAACUGAAGAGAGCUAAAAAACAAACAGGUGUCAAAUCACCGGAAAAGAAUGAAAUGAAAAAAGGGAGGGGAAAAUUUGCCAGAAAGCGGAACAGUAAACGUUGA